AUCUUCAUAAAUACUCACCUUACCCUACGCUCCUUCCCAUAUCUGCUUCCUCAGCAAGACCAUCCACCCUUCCCACAUAUUCAGUGUUGUUUCGGUGCCGAUCAUGGCUACCAUGGCUACUGCUCUCACUUCUGUCUCUGCCAAACCCCAGAAGCACUCUCUCUUUGAUUCCUCUGCCUUCUGUGGCACUCCGGUGGCUGUGGCUCCUCCCUCCAUUCGCAUGCAACCUACAAAAUCGAACGCUGGCUUUUCUGUUUCUAUGUCAGCUUCCACAUCGCCGCCUUAUAAUCUGAGUGCUUUUAAAUUUGACCCCAUCAAGGAAUCCAUAGUAGCACGUGAAAUGACUCGCAGGUACAUGACGGACAUGGUUACUCAUGCAGAUACUGAUGUGGUGAUUGUGGGUGCUGGCUCUGCUGGCCUUUCUUGUGCUUAUGAGCUUAGCAAAAACCCGUCUGUUAAAGUUGCCAUUGUUGAGCAAUCUGUUAGCCCUGGUGGUGGUGCUUGGCUCGGUGGCCAGCUCUUCUCUGCCAUGGUGGUGCGCAAACCUGCUCAUCUCUUCCUUGAUGAGCUAGGCAUCGAGUACGAUGAAGCAGACAACUAUGUAGUAAUCAAGCACGCUGCCCUGUUCACAUCCACAAUUAUGAGCAAGCUCCUGGCCCGCCCUAAUGUUAAGCUUUUCAACGCAGUGGCUGCUGAGGACCUGAUAGUGAAGAAUGGAAGAGUGGGUGGCGUGGUCACCAACUGGGCUCUUGUGUCGAUGAACCAUGACACACAGUCUUGCAUGGACCCUAAUGUGAUGGAGGCCAAGGUGGUCGUGAGCUCUUGUGGCCAUGAUGGUCCCUUUGGUGCCACUGGAGUUAAAAGGCUGAAGAGCAUUGGCUUGAUUGAGAAUGUCCCAGGGAUGAAAGCUCUGGAUAUGAAUACUGCUGAAGAUGCCAUUGUUAGGCUUACUAGAGAGAUUGUGCCUGGAAUGAUUGUUACCGGCAUGGAAGUCGCAGAGAUUGAUGGCGCUCCAAGAAUGGGACCAACUUUUGGAGCCAUGAUGAUAUCAGGGCAGAAGGCGGCUCACCUUGCCUUGAAGACACUGGGACUGCCUAAUGCGCUGGAUGGAACAUACACCCUCCGCCCAGAGUUUGUCCUAGCAGCAGCAGACUCUGCAGAGAUUGCAGAUGCUUGAAUGGUGGCAACAGAUAAAUGAGAUAUCAGUUAAGUAAUAGAUUGUAGAAAUGAGUUUGGCUGUAGAAAUGUGUUUGGGGAAAUGAAUGGGUGAUUUGGAAUGAUGUUAAGUUUUGUUGAUAGUGUUGAAUAUCUCAAAACUUUGUUGAAACUUCGCUAGUGGAAAGUCAUUUCGGUCUUCUCCUUGCA